AGGUCGCACACGAGCUGCUGGCAGCGUGGACCUGGAACCGGAGACUCCGACGAGAGGUCGCUACUCCAGCCUUUACUUUACCUUCCUUUUUUACUCACUUGGAACUUACCGGAGAACCAGAUAACCGUGUGUCAUCUUGGCGUUCACUCUUUUUUUCGGAUCGGAGGUAACUAUUUGUUGAUAUGAAGCAGUUAACGAGGGCGGAAAGAAACUUUUAGGUCCGUGCUCCUGCACGCUGCUGGCGAGCUAACCGUUAGCUGCAGGAGCUAACUGUGUGGCUAACUGGUGCUCCAGGAACCUGGUCCCCCCUAGAACUGGUCCCCCCCAGACCCUGGUCCCCCCAGACCCUGGUAGCCCAGACCCUGGUCCCCCCCCAGACCCUGGUAGCCCAGACCCUGGUCCAGAGCCUGGUCAGACCCUGGUCCCCCCAGGUGUGGAUGUGCUGAGCCCCGGGCUCUGCCAGCGGGAGCAGCGGAGCCACACUGGACCUGACAGCAGCGAGGAAAGCAGCAGCAUGUCCACCGAGGUGGAGCCGGGGCUGACGGCGGCCAGCUCCGCCGGAGAGCCGCAGGGCAGCCCCGGCCAGCCCGGGGGGGGAGCCCUGCACACAGACCCGCAGGACCGGGACAAGGACAGGGGGCAGGACGGGGCAGACAAGGCGGACAAGAAGUGCAAAGACCAGGACAAGGAGAACGAGGGCGGCAGCAGCAACGCGGAGCCGGCGGGGGGAGCGGGUAAGGAGGCGGUGGUGGAGGCUCCUCCACCCAGAGUCAACCCCUGGACCAAGAGGACCACGGGGAGGGUCCCGCUGCCCUCCAUCACCCCCAUCACCUCCAGCUCCAUCACCUCCAGCUCCCAGGAGAAAGAUCAACAAAACGCUCUGAAAGUCGUCCGAGCCAGCAAGCCGAGAACGAGAAAAUCCAGCAAGUCGAGUGAUUUCAGCGAUAUCACAAACUGGCCUACACCUGGAGAACUGGCCAAAGAGCAACAGCAAAAUAACCUCAACAAUAACGGAAAAAAGGCUCCCUCCUCUCACAAGGAGCGGGAGAAGAGAAGAGAGAGACCCGAGAGAAAGUCAGAGAGCAGUCAUGAUGGAGGUGAGAGUAAAGAGAACCAGGAGGCUCAUCCGGACCCGCUGGGUGAGCUGCCAAAAGACGGAGGCUCAAAAGCAGGACAGGACGCCAAGACUGGCAACCUGAAGAAGAGAGGAGGUGAGGGUAACAAACGUAAGUGGGUUUCUCUGCCGCUGGAAGAGGUGUCCCGGGACCAGGUGGACAAGCUGCCGAGUGGGGGGCCGGCUCGCUCGGACUCGGAGCCCAUCGGCGACCCGUCUGACCCCGCCGGGUCGCCCGCUCAAACGUUGGGUAGUAACAGAGCGCAUGAAAGCAGCCGGAGUUGGAGAGGGGAGCGGGACUUCGGGGACGACGGCGUCCGGAGCGAUGGCGGCGGAGUUCGAGGAGGAAUCCGAGGCCGGGGGAAAGGCCGUGGACGCGGCAGAGGUCGCGGACGAGGUCGGUAUGAAUACUCCGUGAACUUCCGAGACGCUCGCUCGUCAGACGGCUCAGCUCAGGGCCCCACAGAGUUCGGUAACAACAUGGUUUACUACUACGACGACGGCAGCAAGGUCCAGAUGUACACGGUGGACGAGAAGCUCCUCAAGGAGUACAUCAAAAGGCAAAUUGAAUACUACUUCAGCAGCCACAACUUGGAGCGCGACUUCUUCCUGAGGAGAAAGAUGGACGUCCAGGGCUUCCUCCCGAUCUCCCUCAUCGCCGGCUUCCAUCGAGUGCAGGCUCUCACCACCGACGUCAGCCUCAUCGUGGAGGCUCUUAAAAACAGCACAGAAGUGGAGCUGACCGACAACAAGAUCCGCUGUAAAACUGAUCCCGAGCGCUGGCCCAUCCCCGUCCCGGCCCUCGUGGGUUCCCCUCGCACCGACUUCUCGCAGUUCAUCAACUGUCCCGAGUUUGUUCCUCGGCAGAACAUCAGCUCCACCAACUCCGCUUCGUCUCCUGCAAAGGGGUCUCCUCUGGAGCCGGGGGACUCUAAGGAGUCGGCUGGACCCAGCUCCACGGGCCAGGACUCGCUCCCAGCCACGGACCAGUCCAAAGACGCCCCCAAGCCCGACCCGGACGCCUGGAUCCAGGUGGAGAAACGCCACAGACAGGCCUCUGGGAAAAUCAAGCAUGUCAGCGGUGAGGCUGGUGCUGCUGGUGUCCCUCCUCCCCCCCCACCGCUCCAGCCUGACAACCUCCCCUCCGCAGGCGUUGCUAAGACCCCCCCGCCCAGCCAGCAGGCCCCCCCUCCAGCCGAGCCGGACCAGGAGGAGCUGGACUUCAUGUUUGACGAGGAGAUGGAGCAGAUGGCGCCCAGGAAGAACAAGUUCACAGACUGGUCCGACGACGACGACUCGGACUACGAGCUGGACGACCAGGACGUGGACAAGAUCCUCAUCGUCACCCAGACGCCCCCCUACCUUCGCAAGCACCCCGGGGGCGACCGCACGGGGAACCACGAGUCCCGGGCCCGGCUCACCGCCGACCUGGCCAAGGCCAUCAACGACGGGCUGUACUACUACGAGCAGGACCUGUGGAAGGAGGAGGACCAGGUGGAGGUCAUCAAGCAGGACGUGGAGAACUUCAAGAAGCUGAAUCUCAUCAGUAAAGAUGAGUUCGACACCCUGGCCCCCAAGGCCCCCGUGGACCCGGGGCAGGACGUCCCCGCCCCUCCCAUACCAGUGGACAGCGCAGCAGAACUGGCCCGCUCUCUUCCUGCGACGGUCCCAGAGUCGCCCGGCUCCCAACAGCCUCGGACCCCCAAGACGCCGCGCACGCCUGGACGCCAGGACCCCAACAAGACUCCACGCUUCUACCCCGUCAUGAAGGAGAGCGGAGCCCUGGAUGGACAGAUGCCGAGAAAGAAGAAAACCCGCCACAGCGCCAACCCUCCGCAGGAGGCCCACAUCGGCUGGGUGAUGGACUCCCGCGAGCACCGGCCGCGCUCCACAUCCAUCAGCAGCUCCAACGCCUCUCCAUCAGAAGGAGCUCCGCUGACGGGGAGCUACGGCUGCACCCCCCAGUCGCUGCCCAAGUUCUGGCACCCUUCCCACGAGCUGCUGAGGGACAACGGCUUCACCCAGCAGGGAUAUCACAAGUACCGCCGACGGUGCCUUAACGAGAGGAAACGGUUGGGGAUCGGCAUGUCUCAGGAGAUGAACACGCUGUUCAGGUUCUGGUCCUUCUUCCUCAGGGACAACUUCAACAGGAAGAUGUACGAAGAAUUCAAACAGUUAGCGAUCGAAGACGCCAAAGACAAUUACAGGUAUGGACUGGAGUGUCUCUUCCGAUACUUCAGCUACGGUUUGGAGAAGAGAUUCAGGAUAGAUCUCUUCAAGGACUUUCAAGAGGAGACGCUCCGAGACUUUGAGAGAGGUCAGCUGUAUGGACUGGAGAAGUUCUGGGCCUUCCUGAAGUAUUCCAGGAUCAAGAACCAGCCCAUUGACCCCAAACUACAGGAGCACCUCUCUCAGUUCAAGAACCUGGAGGACUUCAGGGUGGUGCCACCGAUGGGAGAAGAGGGAGGCAGGAGGAGACGCCACUCGUCCUCGGCCGGGGACGAAGGGCGGCGUCGCCGCCAUCCUUCCAACACUACCUCAAAGCCCGCGCAGGCCGCUAAACCAUCCACCGCGGCCUCUCAGGCCGGCCCCGCGGCCGCCGCCUCCUCCUCCACGCAGGCCACGCCCAGCGACAACACCGGGAAAGCGCCAGCGUCCCACAGGAAGAAGGCCGAGCCCAGAGCGGGGAAGAAGGAAAGCGACGCGCCGACUAAAUGAAGCUCCUCUCUGCUGGUGCGGCUUUGAGCGGAAGGAGCAGAGCCGAGGCUGACGCCCCCUCAGCUCGGCGGGAAACCUGAGGCCCAGCGGGGCUGAUUUAAUUUGAUUGUUUUCAUCUGUGCAUUUCAUUUUCAAGCAAGCAUAGGCAGUGAGAAUGAAUCUGUUCGCCUAACAGCUCAUAACGUUUACAAAACCAAAAAAAAAAAUGCAUUCCCUGCAUUUUGCCUUUUCUCUCUCAGAUGCCAGACUCUUUCAGUACAUUGAUCGCUGUAAACCGCUAUUAUCUGUACAGAGCUGUGGAACUCUGACUCUAGUUUGCCUGGAUAACAGAUGCUACAGAUAGUCUCGUGUGCCUUAAUCUCUCUCAUCGUGACGUCGCGCGUUCGUUUCCGCAGCAGCAAUGUCCGACAUCGGCUCUUCGAAGUCUUCCUCAUUAAUUCUUGGGGGAUUGAACACGUUUUAAAAGUGACGCCAAACGCAGGUUGUUUUUUUUUUUGUUCGCUUACGCAUCUUCCGUUGUCAUGGUGACGGUCAGCUGGAAAGCUGCGGUCGCAAGUUUGUGAAGGACUGACCCCACGAGGCGGCUCCUCCACCUGGAGAUGUUUCUCGGCCCCAAACUUCAGUGUUGGUUUUUAAUUCAAAUCAUGCAAAAAUUAUUUAGGGUUUUUUUUUUUCUCUUCUUUUCUGGGAAGCUUUACUUUUAGUCCCAUUCUACGCCCAGACAAAGUUUAAUUUAUUCUUUUAUUUUUAUCUUUCCAUUUAUUUGGUUGAUAGAAUAGGCUUAGGGAAUCAUUGCAGUUUUAAGCAGCUUUUUAUUGAAUUUGGUAAAAAAUGAGAUGUUUUUGCUGGAAUUAUGGGUGUGACUAGCCUACAACUACAGUAUACUUUAGCUUGAAGUUGACUUCAUAUUAUGUUUGAGGCUUGGUGCUCUAGAGCACUUUAAUCAUUAAUUUUACUUUUCUUCAGUGGAUUGAGGUUUUAGAGUUGCAUAAAAAGAAAAAAAUGUAAAUACUAUAAAAAAUCAUUUGCUAUUCAAUUAUUCAUUUGAUUUUAAGAAGUGAUUUGUUUUAUCGACGGUGUGUUUUUGAGUGUAUUAGGAUGAAUCUUUGCAUGUUAAUGAAUUGUAAAAUGCAAAAAAAUAUAAAAUAAU